AUGGAUCUAGGUACCGCCGCCGCUGCACUGGCCGGAGGAGCCACGGUAGCAGCUUACUUGAACGCCAAAUUCCACAUCGCAAAGGAUGUAUCGAGCCUGGUGAACCUGAAGAAGAGUGAACGUGGACAUGCGCGUGCUUUCGGCCGAGGCCGCGGAAAUGUCUGGUUCGUCUUCCUCGAGACCGCAAAGAAAUACCCCGACAUGGUCUGUCUAUGGACACGCAACCGGUCCUACACCUAUCGAGAAGUCCUGGAGCAGGCAUGCCAAUAUGCCCAUUUCUUCUUGUCUCAGGGGGUGAAGAAAGGCGAUUUGGUGGCGUUCUACCUCCAGAACCGAGAGGAGUUUAUCAUUGGAUGGAUUGGGCUGUGGAGUAUUGGAUGCGCCCCGGCUGCAAUCAACUACAACCUGAACGGCGAUGCCCUGCUGCACUGCUUGAAGAUCAGCGGCGCCAAGCUGGUGCUGGUGGAUGAGGACCCGACCUGCCAGGCCCGGGUGGACGAAUGCAGGGACGCUAUCACAGGCCAACUGGGAAUGAAACCAAUGGCCCUGGACAAUUCUCUCAAGUCGCACAUUCGCACUUUUCCCACUGCAACGCCGCCCAAGGAGCUUGCGGUGGAUAUGCCGGGUGAAUUCCCAUCUAUCUUGCUCUAUACCUCGGGCACCACCGGCAUGCCCAAGGGCUGUGCGUUCACCAUGUCCCGUCUGUAUACUACGUUGGGUAUCCGCCGUAGUGCCAUGGCAGACAAAGACGGGCCCAACGGUGACCGCUGGUAUAGCUGCAUGCCCUUAUACCACGGUACGGCAGCUAUGGCUAUGAUCGCUUGUUUGACCACCGGGGUGAGCAUUGCAAUCGGCCCGAAGUUCAGUGUCCGAAACUUCUGGAAUGAUGUGCGAGACUCGGAGUCGACCUUCUUCGUCUACGUGGGCGAAACAGCUCGUUAUCUCCUUGCACCGCCACCAUCGCCCCAGGACAAGAAUCACAAGGUGCGCUGCAUGUACGGCAAUGGCCUCCGUCCAGACGUCUGGGAACAGUUCCGCGAGCGGUUCGGGGUGCCCGAGGUGGGCGAGUUCUUCAACAGUACCGAAGGUAUUUUCGGUCUGUUCAAUUAUAACCGGGGUCCAUUUACGGCUGGCAGUGUUGGUCACCAUGGGCUGAUAAUGCGUGGUCUGCUGCACAAUGUCUUUGUGCCGGUGGCCAUCGAUCCGGAGACUGGCGACGUCCUCCGGGACCCCAAGACUGGCUUCGCUGUCCGGUCUCCCUAUGAACAGGGUGGCGAGAUUCUCGUCAAUAUCCCCGGCGAACAAGCGUUCCAAGGAUACUGGCGCAACGAUCAAGCCACGAGCAAGAAAUUCCUCCGUGACGUCUUCAAGAAGGGUGACCUGUACUACCGAUCGGGUGACGCGCUCCGCCGCCAGAACGAUGGCCGCUGGUACUUCAUGGACCGGCUUGGGGAUACGUUCCGCUGGAAGAGCGAGAAUGUUGCCACUGCGGAGGUUUCCGAGGUGAUUGGCAAAUUCCCCGGUGUCCUCGAAGCCAACGUCUAUGGAGUAACGGUGCCAAACCAUGAAGGACGAGCCGGUUGUGCCGCUCUCCAAAUCAGCCCGGAGGCUCGUCAGACAUUUGACUACGCGGCUCUUGCACGAUUCGCUCGUUCCAAACUGCCCCGAUACGCUGUCCCGAUCUUCCUGAGGGUCGUCGAUAAUCCCACGCAUAUCCACAACCACAAGCAGAACAAGGUGCCUCUUCGCGACGAGGGAAUUGAUCCCGCCUUGAUUGGGACCAAGGUCCCACACGGACAGGCGGAUGAAUUCCACUGGAUGGCAUCCGGUCAGGAUAGCUAUUCGCCUUUUGGAAAGGAGCAGUGGGAUAAGCUCUCGAACGGGACGGCACGACUGUGA